AUGACGCUGCUGUGCCAGAGGGGCAUCAAUCAUGCACUGAAGCUUACUGAAGCCUGCAGCUUGAGAUGUCCUAGGAUAUUGAUCGUGUCUCGCCUGUCGCAGCCUGGCCUCGUCUACUACCAGCAUGAAAGCGGGCAGACGCAGUUUGAGCGGCCUUCAUCCAGGCGAUGUGGUCCUCUGCGCUGUCAUACGUCCUCCAAAGACCCUCUGACCGCUGUCCUGGAAAAGGAGAAGCGGCAGAAGGUGGAGGACGAGAAGAAGCAGGCUGAGAAGCUCCCAGAGAGGGCCGUCAAGAAGGGUGAAGCUCGCGUGUGGCACAUACUCAAGAAGCACAGGGACUUCUUCGGCAAGCCCGCCAAGUCCUGGCGGCAAAGCCAGAUCACUUGGAGCAAGAAGGAGGCCAAAGAUGCUCUCAAGGCCCUCAAGUUCAAGCUUGAGAACGUGGCCUACGGGGGUGGGGCACAGGCCUUGCAGAAGAAGUUUGAGAACUAUGCCCGCGCGGAGAGUGAUGACGACAUUUCAGCCAAAGUCGGAGGCGACUUGGGGCCCAUCACCAAGAAGAAGAAGCUGUUUGGUGACUAUGAGAUCGCCAAGGUUUCCUUCGAGCUGAAGAUCGGCACGAUCUCGGACGUUGUUGAAACCCCCGAGGGCGUGCACCUGGUUGGGCGCUUCGAAUGA